AUUGUUUUUUUUUUUUUUUUUUUUUAUAAAAGUAGCUGUUUCGGUAAUUGGAUAGAGAAAAAUAGUUAGCAUUUAAGGAUUGCCAAAUUAGAGAGAGAUUGAAUAGAAAUAAAUCUAAAAGAUCUUUUUACAUAAAAUUCCCCAUUCGUGUAUUACACCUUCCCUCUAUAAUUAGCUGAUUUUGUAUUUGUUAGCGAAUCUUCAUAUUCAAACAACUUUUCCGCCAUUGAGAAAAGUUUCGCUCUGUCGAAUUUAUGUCGCGAAGUAGGGAAAAGUGUGAUUCGGAUCCGGUUCAGUGUGCGGCGUGAAUUGUCAUGCUUCAGGAUGACUGUUUGUGGAUCUGAAAAUCUCAAAAUGUUGGGAAGUGGUGAACCUCCACUCGCAAAGAAAGCUCGAAAGGAGAAGGCUCGAGGAAAAGUGACCGCAACAACAAGCUCGACUGAAAUUAUGGAACCCUGUCUAUGGAGAGAAUUUCCAGGAGACCUUUACGAAACUGUGAUAGCAAGACUUCCCAUAACCACCUUUUUUCGUUUUCGUUCAGUUUGCCAGGAUUGGAAUUCACUGCUUACUUCACAGAGUUUCUCCCAACAGUGUGCUCAAGUUAAGCAAACCCAACCUUGGAUUUACGUCACAAUCCAUGGAAACGCUAAUGAUGGAGCCAUAUAUGAUCCACUGUCGAAGAAAUGGUACUGCCCACCAGUACCUGCCCUUCCAACAGAGUUGCUCGUGGAGCCAGUGGCAUCUGCAGGGGGUCUAGUCUGUUUUCUUGACAGUGAAUUUAUUACUGCCUACGUCUGCAACCUUGUUACGGCCUCCUUCAAAGAGUUGCCACCUAGGUCGGUUGAUUUUGGGGCCAUUGGGAUGACAAUGAAUGAGAGCACUCCAAAUGCUGGAUAUAAGAUCCUUUGCGUAAGUUGUGAUGGUGAGUAUGAAAUUUACGACUCCACAAAGAACUCUUGGGGUCGAUCAGGGAGAUUGCCCUCGAAUAUCAAGUGCCCACUCGACCUGAAUUUCAAGUCUCAGGUCGUGUCUAUUGAUGGAAUGCUUUACUUCAUGCAUUCAGACCCUGAUGGCAUCGUGUACUAUAAUAUGACCACCGGGGUCUGGAAACAAAUCUUAAUCCCAGCUCAUCCGCAUCUGAGUGAUCACACACUAGCCGAACGUGGAGGGAAACUCAUGCUUGUGGGGCUUGUGAACAAUAGUGCUUCGACGUGCAUCUGCAUAUGGGAGCUGCAGCAGAUGACUUUCUUAUGGAUGCUGGUUGACAGAAUGCCAACCCUAUGGUGCUUGGAGUUUUACGGGAAGUCGGUCGAAUUAGAUUUCCUGGCUAACAAAGGUUGGGUUAUGAUAUCGCUUAGAUCAAGACAUAAGUAUCGUCUGAUAACAUAUGAUUUAUCUAGCAAGGAAUGGUUUAAGCCACCUCGAAGAAUACCAUCAUAUGGGAGAAAGAGGCCUUGGCCUGUAAAUGGCACUGCAUUUCAUCCUUGUUUGACAGCUUUGGUUUAGUUUGCAUACAUAGGAUUGUCCCUUGUAAAUCAUAUUAUCAAUCCUUACCUUCUAUGUUGUAGACACAGUUGCUAAAUUAAUAAAUCUAGACAAUUUUAAUGCUUAUUAAGUUUUUAA